AUGACGGACCCAGAAUCAAAAGACGUUGAAGAAGGUUGGACUUCCCCUUCAUCGCCCGAUAGCAUACUGAACCGCUUUCGGAAAUACAACGCAACGCAAAUCGAUAAGAGCUGGACGUCAAUACCUGUCCUUGCCACCAGUUAUGUCUCUGGAUUAACGGAUAGUGCCGCAUACAAUGCGUGGAGCUGUUUCAUUAGCAUGCAAACAGGAAAUACGGUUUUCUUGGGCCUCGGGGCAUCUCGUCAACCAGCUAGCAAACCGUUUGGUUGGCUGAGCUCUCUCUUAUCGAUAGGAUGCUUCAUGUUCGGAGUUGCCACAAUAGCCUUCUGUAGCCGUAAAGUGGGAGCGACACUCAGAGGAACGUUGGUAACGUCGUUUUUUGUUCAGGCGACCCUUAUCGUCGUUGCUGCCUCACUAGUCGAGGGCAAAGUCGUCCCGAUUCCUGGCCGCGAAGAGCAACUGCAUGCAUCUGGGCCUACACCUUAUUACCAUAUAUCAUUAUUACCACUUGCAUUCCUUGCAUUUCAGGCCGCGGGGCAGAUCGUUGCUUCUAGGUCGUUUGGACACAACCAUAUCCCGUCUAUUGUCCUGACAAGUUUGUACUCAGAUCUUGUUGCCGAUCCGUUAUUUUUCCAACCUGUCAAUGUUAAGAGGAAUGAAAGAAUCGCUAGUGCAGUGCUGAUUUUGACGGGGGCUAUUAGCGGUGGUUGGAUCAUGAGGGAGUCUAGUAUGGCUGCCGUCUUGUGGUUUGCGGCUGCCAUCAAGUAUGCUAUUAUGGUCGGGUUUAUUUUCUGGCCAGCCGAUAAAGAGGAGGAUGGUACACAGUAG